GGCGAGCUGUUGAUCAUGGCUGAGGUGAAACGAAUCAGAGACAUAACGCCGAAAUACACUCAGGAAGGAGACAAGGCAGAUAUUGAUGCUGCCGUUGCCGCAGCGCGCAAGGCCUUUGCGAGGGACAGCGAAUGGCGACAGCUGGAUGCCUCAGCGCGAGGCAAGCUGUUAUGGAAAUUGGCUGAUUUGGUAGAAAAGAACUUAAGCGGGCUUUCAUCUCUCGAAUGUUUGGAUGUUGGAAAGCCAUUUCCUCAGGCAGAAGGUGAUGUGAAAAUUGCGAUACAGUGGCUUCGAUACUUCGCUGGCAUUGCUGACAAGGUGUGCGGAAAAACGAUCCCGGUCGACGGCAACUACGUGUGCUUUACACGCUGUGAACCUGUUGGCGUCUGUGGUGCCAUUUUACCGUGGAAUUUCCCAUUGGCUCUGCUUUGCUGGAAAGUGGGACCAGCCCUUGCUGUGGGGUGUACGAUUGUCAUAAAACCUGCUGAACAGACACCACUGUCCGCACUGUAUUUUGCAUCGUUGGUUGUUGAGGCCGGAUUUCCACCGGGUGUCGUCAAUAUCGUUCCUGGCUUUGGACCGACUGCAGGAGCAGCAUUGACAACGCAUCCAGACGUAGACAAAAUAUCUUUCACAGGAAGCACGGAAGUAGGAAGGUUGAUCAUGAAGGGAUCCGGCGAGUCCAACUUGAAGAAGGUCACUCUCGAACUUGGAGGCAAGAGUCCAAAUGUGGUGUUUGCAGACGCUGACCGUAAGUGGACUCCCGUUUAUGGUUUUCUAUUUAUUUCAUAUUUGAUCUUUUCCUCGUAUCGUGCCGUUUCGGUCGCUACAACUGCUCUCUUCUAUGCCACCUCAUUAAUUACCGUUGGUUAUUUGAGUUACGAAAACACCUUACCUCGCCGUUUUCUCUAUUCCAGGUCACGUGACAGAUACUUCAGAAGGAGGAUUAGGUUCAAAUUUUACUAACU